AUGUUGGACGACGAUGAAGUGGAUAUCAUGUGCCUGGGUAUGAGUUGUGUCAGAUUGUUCAAGGUCUUGAAUGCUAUGCCACAGUUCUCACUGGAGAAGAAGGAACUCAGUUGGAUCAGUGAUGCAUUUGAUCGUUGGUUCAGAUCAACUACACAGUUCGAAGAGAGUCAGACUCAUUCAGCUAAUGACAACUUGUUGAGAGUAGUUGAUGGCAUCCCAUCAGUCGCACUUCCACCAAACAUCACAAGACUACGAUUCGUAACACAUUUCAACACAUCACUACCACCUGGCCUACUUCCAGACUCCAUCACCUCGCUAACCUUUGGUGAAGACUACAACCAAGUGAUCAGACCUCAUGCUUUGCCCAGCUCACUCAUCAACAUAUUCUUUGGUUUCAACUUCAAUGUGAUGAUCAUACCUGGUUCAUUGCCAGACACACUACGCACACUAGUCUUUGGCUUCGACUACAACCAAGCAUUCGAGCAAGGCUCACUUCCAUCUGGACUCACAUCACUGACUUUUGGAUUCAACUUCAAUCAAUCAGUGUGUGACAACGAGGUCGUCUACCUCCCAAGCUCACUCACAUCCUUGGACUUUGGUGCAUGUUUCAAUCAACCUCUGACAAGGCUGCCACGGUCACUCAUAUCGCUCGGGCUUGACGCAUGCUUCUCCAGUCGUGUCACACUCCCGCCAAAGGUGUCGAGACUCAGCGUGGCCUUCCUCUUCCAGCUCAAACCUUUGCUCAAGACUGCAACAUCACAUCUCAAAGAUAAUGAUGCAUUCUCAUCAAUCGAAUCAAAAUGUCAAUACAUCUCCGGCUCGAAAGAUCAUUAA